GUGGGCGAAGGUGAAGAAGAUUGUGUCUAUCAUGCAACCAGUCUACAGCCUCCUGGAAAGGAUGGACGCAGAAGGCACUUCACCUACGAACCUCGUGGAGUAUGACGACCUCAUUGGUCGUAAGUUGACCAAUGUUAUGCUCACGAGGAAGGAGCGGGAUGAUGUGAUGCUGAAGGUCAACGGUCGCAUGCAGAUGAUGAGGCAGCCAGUGCACGCAGCUGCAUUCCUCCUAGACCCGAUGCGGAGAGAACCACUUUGGCUCCUUGACAUCGAAUUGGUCCAGAAUGCAAUGCGUUUCUUCUCGAGGCAGGUAGGGGGGGAGUGGGACAGCAAGAAACAUUCAGACAUGUGGGGGGAUCUGUGGAAGUUCCACAAGAAGCCUGGUGGGAAUGAGAAUGACUGCAAAGAUGAGAGGAUGUGGAGAACAGUUGCGACGGAUGAUGAAUCACGGCUGAGCCGUGCGGACUGGUGGGCAGCACACGGCGGGGAUGUUCCAGCUCUUCAGUCCAUUGCUGUUAAGUUGCUGUGUGUUCCAAACAACAAGGACAGCGGGUACAUAGAUGUGUGGGGAUCCUUCUUCGAGCCCAAUCAGGAGCCAGUGCCCGAUGAUGGAUCAGUGUUGCUAGGCCGUGUGGAGGAUGCUGUGGAGGAGGAGGAGGAGAAGAGGAGGCAGAGGACAUUGGCAAAGGCUCCAAGAUCUAGGAUUCCCCAAAACCUCUCAGAUUCCGACUUGAGCGACAGCAGUGACCUUGAGGAUCUUGUUUGGAAGGACAAGUGCUGCAGCGAAGAGGAGGUCGGGGACUCAUAUUUCGAGCUCGAUGCGGUACCAGCAGUCCAGGGGACCACAUAUGUACACGAAGAGGAGGUCGGGGACUCAGAUUUCGAGCUCGAUGCGGUACCAGCAGUCCAGGGGACCACAUAUGUGGGCAGGCGAUUGGGGCGGGGGGAAAGGGAUCUCGAGGUGGAGCCGACAUCGAUCGUUAAUAGACUGGAUACGGAUGUGGAGACCUUGCUGCGGCCCAUGAACGAUGCCGAUGAAGAGGAGGCUGCAGGUGCGAAGGCAAUGGCGGAUAAGGAGGUUGAUCUUGUGAAGAGACGCAUGUGCGAGGAGGAGGCGCGUUGUGCUGCGGUUUCAUUUUUGAGUAUUCCCCCGUGCGAUGUCGAUAAGAGGUGUGGCUCUCACGGUCGUACACUCCACGAUAUCACAAAAGGCUUAUUGCAAUUUCAGAACCUGGUCACGUUGACCAUCGAUGCUUCAGGCUGGGUAGACAGUACAGAUAGCACUCUUCAGAGGUGGUUGAGGCAUCCGUAUCCGUCUCUGCGUCAUCUCUCCAUCAGUGCAGAGUUUCCCGGAGAUAGCCUUCAACGAGUCCUGAACCAUAUCUUCUGCUCAUGCGAGAACCUUCACUCUCUAGACUUGUGGGCUACAACGGAAUCAGCCUACGCCAAUUGGCUUGAACUACUACCUGCACUAAAGUUGGGUACGUUCAUCCCUCUCCCGUUGGAACACCUCGCAUUGACAGAGAUUGAAUUCUGCUCCCAUCUGCCACAAUUGGAUGUCUUACCUUUGCUUUUCCCACACCUAAAAAGUCUGCAUAUCUGGUCUUGGCACGAUAGUCCAGAAGUAAUCCUGCUUAAGAUCCUUAGCUCCUUGAGCCAACUGUGGCACCUUGAAUUCUUUUAUUGCUCUUCAUGUGGGGAGGCCAAUGUGGAAUGGCAAUGGUUGCGUCGGAUGAUUCCGGCGAAAGAUCAUCCUUUAGAAGAGCUGACCUUGUCUGGCAUGGAGUUGUUCCGUUCUCAGACUGAAUUGGAUAUCUGCUUCUCUCUGUUUCCGAACCUAAGGGUGCUGAAGUUUCCAUCUUGCACUGUUACAAGUUCUACUGCAUCCCUAUCUUUUCGUUUCCCGACCUUGGAGCGCCUUGAGAUUGUCCGCAUGGAAUCGACAACUGCCAACUGCUACACAGAUCUGUGCUGCGCCCAACGAUUGCCGUCUAUCCAUAUUGAGUGUGGGAACCUUUCUCAUCUUGUGCUGGAUAAGGUAUCGGACUUCGCCAUCGCACGAGCGAAGCCUGGCUGCACUCCAGUUGUCGAGUUUAAGAUGCUCACAGAUUUGCAUCCUGCUCUGCUUGAAUGGUGCCAGUCGCUCUCCGAUUCUUUUGUCUGUUCACCUUUCACACCUGAUCAUGUAUCCAGCUGGGAAUCCAAGCUGGUUCAUCCUAGAAUUUUAAUGAAAUGGAGAUCUCAAAAUAUUGUCAAAUUGGAUUUACAUAUGCCUGCUUGUUCAGAAGACUGGUUAUGCAGUCUACUGACAUCCGGUCUUUAUACAGUGGAAUCUUUGUGCCUGGACAUUGAUUUCCUAGUACCGUCAUUACGCUUUGCUGAUCGUUCGACACACAAUCCUGCAGCCCAUGACAGUGGUGACUCUGAUGUCACUCCUGAUGUUGCGAGGGAAUCAAUGUUGCUUGGGCACAAUUCUACAGUCCAUGGCAGUGAGGGCUCUGAUGAUACUCCUGAUGUCGCUAGGGAAUCGAUGUUGCUCGGGCGCAGUUCUGUAGCCCAUGGCAGUGAUGGCUCCAAUGUCAGUCCUGAUGUUGCUGGCCCUCCACCAUCGGAGUCGAACUGUUGUCUCAACAUAGCCAAAUCCGAGACAGAAACUCACCGUCGAAGACUCAGCGGCGAGGCGAUCGUAAGAGCGGAACAGGAUGGGUGUACGGGUCUUGGAUUUCCUAAUCUGAAGUCCCUUAUACUCAGCUCACCCUUGAUGAUGAUGCUGGAGGGGGGUGCAAGAAAAAUGGGUGAUGAGUUUGGAAAAUCAUAUCGUCAGCCAUGUGUACAGAAUCUACAGAUCCGUGCCUCGCCUUCAACAACGGAAAGGAGUCGGAGAAAGGAGUCAGAGAACUGUAGUUUUAAGGAUUGGUCAUCUUGUUUAUUCUUGUGUCCAGACCUGCAGAAUCUGACAUUUCAAAAGCAGAUCUAUGGUAAGGGCGACUUUAAACGCUUGGUAAAUGGGGACUUCAAGGCAGUUCAGCCCGAUUUUUACAGCGAAAAAUAUGGUGAUUAUGGCAAGGUAUUUGGAAAGCCCAGCGUCCAGCAAGAGAUGGAGUGGACGGAGUCUGUUGUGAGGCAAUUCGUGCAGUCCUCCCCAAGGUUGAAGAAUGUUCAUGGGUUGUUCACUGGUGGUAAGAGGGUUUCUUGCCAAGUAAAACAAAUAGCACAAACGUUGAGGGCUGUCUACGGUGGUGUGGGCUUCCAAUUCACACUUAUGGAGGGAGGCACAGGGGUUAGCAUUCAGCAGAUGCUGGCUGCUUCUGGUCCAUCAUGGCAGUGAAUAAACCAAGGCCAGCACUUGCUGGCUGCAUCCGUAUCACUUGAGAGUUGUUUUGUAUUCGCUGGACGACACAUCUGAUAAUAGAUGAAGUUAUGAACAAAUCUGGACAUAUCUG